UACACCAAUAAUCAGCAUUAGUAGUGAGGUCUCCAAUCGGAUGUGAAAGUGAUUCUUGACCAGUUUUUCCACUCUUACCUCUUAACGUUAUCUACUAGUUUAAGGCCAACUCCUAGAGCCGAACUGCAUCGACAUGCUCUUCAAUGCGGCUGCUCCAGGUUCAUACAAGACAAUUGGAGGAAUUUAAUGGGCAGUCCACCCCACCUUAUGCUAUCCUUUCACAUACUUGGCGGAAGCGUGAGAUAACCUUCCAAGAUAUUUCGAAUCCAACCCACAGGACCUCCGAGGGGUAUACGAAGAUAGAUGGGUGCUGUCGGCGAGCUGCUAGAGAUGGCCUUGAUUAUGUGUGGAUCGAUACUUGCUGUAUCGAUAAAUCGAGCAGUGCCGAGCUUUCUGAGGGUAUUAAUUCCAUGUUCCAAUGGUACAAGAAGUCCAGAACCUGUUAUAUCUACUUGUCGGACGUGUCAGCAAAUGAUGAUCCAUUUACCGACGAUUCGGAAUUUCGAAACAGUCGCUGGUUCCAAAGGGGUUGGACGCUCCAAGAACUACUUGCGCCUAUGGAGUUGGUAUUCUUCGACCUCUCCUGGAAUGAAAUUGCUAUCGGCCGGAUCAAUAGAUUCUUGGGUUCUGCUCGAGUAGAUCAACGCCGGGCUGCUUUUCCCCACGAAGAAACUUAUAUCAAUCGGCUAGGAUUGGUAUAUCUCCUCUCCGAGAUAACAAAUAUUCCGAAGAUCGUUUUAGACACUGGUGACUUUUCACAAUUUUGUGCUGCCGCUCGAUUUGCUUGGGCCGCGGAUAGAAUGACGACGCGACUUGAAGAUAGAGCCUACAGUCUCUUGGGUCUUCUUGAAGUCAACAUGCCUCUACUUUAUGGCGAAGGGAACAUGGCAUUUUUACGUCUUCAAGAGGAAGUUAUUAAGUCACGAGAUGACGAUAGCUUGCUAGCUUGGGGAUAUUGUUUAACACCAAGAACUCAACCGAGACUCCACGCGGAUACCGUCCUUGCCCAAUCGCCUCACGAUUUCAAACAUUGUCACAGCUUCCAGAAGCUAGAGACGGAGGAAACAAGUCCCGAUGUACCACUAACGACAACUCACUCUGCUAUGACCAACAUUGGCAUGCAGAUGGCGAUUCCCAUCCGUCCCAUCGAUCCCAAAAACAGAGUUUUCAUCGCAAUUCUCAGGUGCCUUGUCCCCGGGACAUUCGACCAUAGGAAUCAUCUAGUGGUUCCCCUGGUUCAUACGAAAGGGGGCGAUAAGAACCAUUACAGUCGGGCGCCAGGUAGCCCACCUUUCCUCGUCCGUAGGGAGAAACUAUUCUCUCUUAUAAACAGCUCAAAAUUUCUGUUCACUCUUAGUCGAGCGCUUCCCAUAUGGAAAAUAUUUAUCACAAAACCAAUACCCACACCGAUAUAUCUCCGAGGAAGUUCUGCUAUACCGCCACCUCCUCUUACAUGGCCAAAAUCCAAGAGAAAGGAAUGUGAGACGAUAGGUCUGCACAUCGAUGAAGUUAUAUCGUCCGGAUAUGAGGUUUCUUCCUUCUAUCCUCCUUGGAUUACCAGAAGGCUAGCUAAUGGCAAUUGCCUCGACCUCCGGCUAGGAUCGUCAAUCCCAGCACGAUUUAUACUUAUAUUCUCAAAACGCAGUGAAUCCGCAUGUGGACAUAUAUCAUUUGCUGUCUGCAUAAGCCCAAGGAAUCGACGAAUGGCAAGGGUGAACUAUCGGUCAGCCUUAGAGUUCUUGAUGGAACAAAGCCGAAGUUUGGAGGUCGAUAUGAAUCGCCACGGUGUCCACCACGAAAAACUCGAAUUCGGCGAAAAAGCUUUGAGUGGGCAUAUGCGAUAUAUUUACAACGUGUGGUUCGAAUACAUGUUCGGUGAUAUCCGUAUCAAAUGCAGAGUAAAGGACUUAGAUGCAAGAGUUAGCAGCGGCAAGCUUUCACAUGGGCACCGUGAGGGCGAGUCUUAUAUUAUUAAGGCCCCAUCAGAGAAAGAGUCUACCACUUCUUGGGAUACCAAGCGCCCGGACUCGCCUACGUUACCUAAUAUAUGAAAAUAUAUUCAACGAUACAUGCCUAGUUGAAUUAUCUGGGGUUAGGGUUAGGGUUGAUGCAAGGAUUAGACUCUGAGUUAGGGUUAGGGUAGAUAACCCAUAACAGACAAAGGAAGGGGAUGAACGUAUAUAAACGACCUUCGAAAGGAAGGGCUUAUAUCAGCAUUCAAUAUCACAUCAUCUAAUUCUAA